AUGGUGUUUUUAGAGAAGAGAUCAUCUUCAGAAAAGAAACCAGAGGCUGCAAGCCCGACUGUUGGUGCCCAGACCACUUCCAGUGGAGUGGUCUGGGGGUACACCGUGGUGUCUUCGGGCCAGACAGCACAGGAAUGGCACACUGAAGAUAACCAGAUUCAGACAACAACCCUUACAGCAAUAGAAACCAUAUGGGUAUUCCUCUCUAGCGCUCCAGCAGAUACUUCGACACCAGCAAGCCAAAGCGAUGCAAGCGCGAAAGUGUCGUCAACGGAGUCGUCGAUAGCUACAUCAUCUUCAGAAGCUGAUGCAGACGGAGUUCCGCCCAAGACGAGCUUGGAAACGAACUCCGCGAGUAAUCCAACAUCAACAUCGACAUCAGCCCCGGCAAAAGAUGGGAACGACAACAGACUCGCUGGCGGUGCGGUUGCGGGCAUCGCUAUAGCCUGCAUCGUCGCCGGCAUCGCUCUUGGUGCCGCUGCGAUGUUCCUCCUCUUCCGACGACGCCGGAGACAGUCUCAGGCAAACUUCCACCAGGUCAGCAAUGGAGGCAUUGAGCCAAAGAAGGACGUGAUGGUGACCGUUACGCCCUCCAAGAACGACGUCGACCUCAACCAGUUCCUCCUGGACACGAUUCCCGACAAGCAGAUUGAAGGAGAACUGCACGCCCUGUCAGAGCUUCUCUACCAGCACGUCGAGAGCCACUACCAUCGCUCUCCAGUUCAUCUCGACGCGCAAACACUGGCCCAGAGCCUCGUUCACAUCGGUUACUCCCCAGCCGCCUCAGGUCUCGAUGAAAUGACUGUUGUUGCGUUGUGUCUGGAGCCUAGCAGCCGCCCGGUUGGUUUACGCCAUGUUUUGUCACAUGUCAUCUUCAGUAGUCUCGACUUCAGCUCGGGAAGUAACAUGGCGAUGCUACCACCAGUCGUUAGAGAAUUCCUCAGCACGAUCCCCUCAGCCGAAAGCAACGGCACAGCUCCAGCGACAUCCCUCGCGCUGUCCAAAUGGCGCAGCCUGUCAACCUUGCUCCUUCACCCUACCCCCGCAGACCGAACGCCUCUCCCCGUGCCGGUGGCGGAGGCUUCACAGCAGGCUGGCGGUCUGGCCAAUGAGCUUAACAGCUUCCUGCGUUUCUUUGCGCCCCAGGACGCCGCGGGGAGCCAGGAGCAGACAAGUCAUCUGCAGGCUGUGAUUUUAGAAUGCACCAAGCUCGGCUACAUUUUGUUGUCUCAGCCUAGUGACUGGAGGUUUGUCUUUAGUGACAAGCAGAGCCGCAGGGUUGUGGUGUGUCCCGGGCUGGAGAAAUUGAGUCAUAGUGAUGGAACUAGGUACAGGUCUCCAAGGGAGGUUGUGGCAGUUGUCACCAUGCCGAUAUGA